AUGAUGAUCGCAGUUCAUGAGGCAUAUUGCAGAAGUGGAUCCGGCUCUGAAUGCCGUAUGAACGAACAGUGGUCGUUGUCGGCGGGUGUUUGUGUGCAGGCGCAGUCUGAGCAACAGCGACAGCUCGCAGUUAGCCAGCAGCCACGUACCUCGUUAGCCUCCUUACCCGACACGAGUCCCUCAUUUCAACUUUAUUCCGCCACUCGUUCACAACCAGCUUCCUCCACCUCAUCCUCAUCACCUCCGCCAAGCGGAAUUCUCCGAACAUCGCAGCAUUCCCUUCUUCCUAAUGGGCUUCCGUCCAACUCCACUCUCACCACGCCUAGAAAAGGCGAAGAAGCUGAGAAGGAUAACGAUUGUUUAUGUGUAGCGACAUCAAGUAAAUCAGCAACAGCCGCAAAUGAUAACGAUAAGACACUAGUGAAUAAUAAUUCAGCAACGACCGUAUCAUUGAAGUCAAAUUGUGGUAUAUUGGAAGAACACCACCGUCGUCCAUCAUCCCCGCAGUCAUCUUCUGCUACUCAUCUCAACAAUAACAAUAAUCGUUUUUCACGGCGUCGUUUGCAGUUCACACUCACCGCUAACGAAACAUUUCGAUUACGUCGUAUUGCUAAAUCACAGCCUUUAACAUUACGUCGUUUAGGUAUAACUUGGGUGCAAGUUGGUGAUUUAGACGCGAUUAAGGUUGUACCAAGUGCAGCUGCACUCAGAUUACAGCAGUUACCUCGCCCUUCACCGGAUGUGGCUGUGGUUGGAGGGGAAGCAUCAACCAGUGAUAACAACGCACGUGUACCGCCUAUUUACGAGAAUACUCGUUGCAACAUUAAUAAUAAUAAUAAUAACGACGGAACAAAUCAACAGGUUUACGAAAAUAGCACUGAAAACAGUGAUCUUGGACACGAUAUGAUGAUGCCUUCUACGUCGUCCACGUACGGUGGUCCAACCCCAUCAUUAUCAACAGCGGUGAAGCGGAAAUCGUUUGAAAUGGCUGAUGGAGGAGGGGGUGGAAUGGUUGCGUCAUCAGCGGGAUCAGCGAGCCGCUCGAACUCGAAUACUUCGGUGGGCAUGAGUCCGUCUAGUGGAGGAGCGGGGUGUAUUGCCACCGGUGGUGUAUGUUUAUCACGUUCGAGAACACACCAUGAACAGCAACCGUCUUGUGGCAGCGCUUCAACAUCAUUGCAUACCCAUCCCGUCGGAUUGUCAUCCGCAAAUGUCAACAGGCAAAACACUUCAUCAUCAUCUUCUCAAAAUAUCAACAAUUCGAGUCCUUUAUUGGUGAAUUUACUGAGCUGUAGAAGUACAUCACCAGGCGCGGGCGCCACUAUGGGUGCUUCACAAUCAGCAAUUCAUAUGCAACAACGUGCGCCAACCACAUCGGUUGCUCACCACCCUACCCCUUCAUCGCAGUCACAGCCUUCUUCUGCGGGUUACUCACCCUAUCCUUACAUGCCUCCUCGUACACCAAUGGCAUCAACGCCAACUGGGGCACCACCAUCAGCAGUAGCACAGAUUCGAGGAUCAGCACCAAACGGAUCAGGUGCAGGUGCUCGUGCACCAUCAGCAGAUUUGGUUGUACAACAACAGCAACAAAUGCAGCUGCAACAGCCUUCUUCAUCAGCACAUAUGCAACAACAACACUGCGAUCAACAACAGUCACAGUUGAUGCAACAGCAGCAGCAACAAAUGAAUGUUGAAAGACAACGUCAGAUGAUGGUCACACAGCAACACAACUCUCAAAAUAGUCAGCAGCAACAACAAGUACCUCACCAGCAAGGAGGUUAUUACCCUCCUGCUGCGCAAUACCCUCCACCUCAUCCUCAGCAACAACGUGCAAUUGCCUCGGGUGGUUAUGUAUUACCGCCUGGAGGUGCAAUGGUAGCAACUAGUCAUGCUCAGCAAGGGGCUGUUUUGUAUGGCACAUCGUCUCAACCUCAAGGAGUACGUGCAUCGCCAUAUGCGCAUAUGCAACAACAAGCACCGCUUACGCAACAUUCUUUACCACCAACGCAUUAUCGUCAUGCCAUUCCGAACGAACAGAUAAUAUCAGCACCACCGACUAAAAAACGAAAAAGAACCACGAAAAAGCAACAAAAAGAGGCUGAGAUGGCCGCCGCUGCACACCAGCAACAACAGCAGCAAUAUAUGCUUGAACAGCAACAACAGCUCAGUGCACGUGUACCACCUACAAAUGCACAUACGGUUGAUAGGCCCAACAUGAUAUCUCAGGUGAUGCCAACGAAUAUGGUUUACGCACCUGCCCCACCCUAUCCAGCACCGUCAACUAUGCAGCAGUCACCCUCUGUAUCGUCUGCAUCAGCUACUUCUCAAAUGAUGCAGAGCCCUCCUCCAAACGCUAUCUACUACCAAGCAUCGCAGCAACAGCAACACAUGUGGAACUCGCAACAACAGCAUUCGCGUGGACCCGCACAACAGAUGGUGCAAGCGCAGCAACAGCCGCAGCAUUCUCAAGCUACAGCACCACCUCCCCAACAGAUGUCGUCGUAUCAUCCACAACAAAUGCAACAGCAAUGGCCCCCUCCUUCCACCCAACUCCCCUCUGCCCCACAGAGGAUUAUUUAUCCUCAAUCCGAUAACGGAACGGAAAUGACACAGUCAGCGAAUAUACGGCAGUCACCGAUCAACGGUAGAACUAAUUCAAUAGAUUAUUCUUCACCUACAUCACAACAGGCAAAUAUUAACACUAUGUCUCCUCUGUAUCAUCAGCAACAACAACAGCAACAACAGCAGCAACAGCAAAAACAACAACACAUGUUAUAUCAGCAACAAAUCACAACAAAUCAACCAACAUCAUUAUCAGUAAGUAUUUCAUAUACUCAGCAGUCCUCAAGUGGUGGUCAGCAACAACAAUCUGAUCAAUCCCAGUCGAAAACACCAUCUAUUAUGGACACUGGCAGUGAUUUUGGAAUGCAAGAUGAUCUUGGUGCGAACAUUGCUGAUGACUAUAGAUGGUUCAAAGUGAAAUCAGAAUAUUCGCCUUAUUUAGGUGGCGAUUUCAAUGAUUUGGAUUCAAUAGAACCAAUGACCGAGUCUGGAGAUGUGGGUACAACCUUAAUGAUUACACAUCAACAACAAAUGCAACAGCAACAACAACAGGCCAAUUAUACUCCCCAGAAUUAUGUACAGAAUACGUCAGUAUCGUCGUCGUCGUCAGCCAGCAAUUGUUCGCAGCAUCAAAUGCUCUCUUCAUCUCCGUCGAGCGUUAAUAAUUCAACUAGUAUCACGAACGCUGCCAAUAAUCAGUCGAAGUCAUCACGACGACCAACUUAUCAUCAACAACAAGCCGCGAACUGUCAAGGUUUUGCAGCACCGUCCUAUUCAAUGCAGCCACAACAACACAACGCUCGUGUACACAGUAUGUGCACUGCGCAACAUAUCUCAUCAGCAGCUCAGCAACCACAGUCCAUCAAUUAUGCUCAGCAACAGCAAGCCACUUCCUUCUAUAACAUCCCCUCAACACCACCUUCUUCAACCACACCACCUCAAAAUCGUCGUUGUUCCAAUUCUUCAUCACAAGUUGCCACAACCCCUUCACCGAUUUUAAAUCAGCAACAAUCGAAUCGUCGUUUAUCUGACGACUCGUCGCAAUCAUCACAGCUCGAGGAAUGCAGUGGCACAUCAAUGCUAUCCUCAUCUGAAUCAACCAGUAUGAUGACAACAGAGCGUGAAAAGGACCCUAUCAAUUCUACUAUUGAAUCGGUAGUAAUGCGCGCUUUGUGUGACCAAGAUGCACUCAAUAGUGCGUCAUCCACAACUUCGUCUUCGAGUAACAGCACCACUAAUACUAAUCGUUCGACACUGCAGCGGUCAGCACGCAACGCUAGUAUGCUUCAUUCAACAUCAUCAAACGAUCCGAAUGCAAAUUCAGCGCAACACUGCUCCUCGCAGCAAAUGGAAUCAUCAUUAAAUGCGACGGUGGAGGUUGCGUCGUCCUCAUCAGCUACGAUCAGUGCCAACGAGACAUCGUCGAAUCAAAUGAUCGGGCGACCAGCAUCCGUGGAUGGUUCAGGUCGAUUAAGUUCGGGUGUUGCCAUUGGUGUUUGUGAAAGCAGCGAGAAAUCAGAUAUGGCAUUUACAAACGGUCAAGAAGAGUGUGGAAGUGAUGUAAUAACGAAUAAUGUAAGUGAGCAACAACGAUUCAAUAACACAACUCAGCAUCAUCUAACAAACGGACAUGAUCCUCAUUUAAUUAAGGAAUUUUGUUAUGUGCAACCUCAGCAGCAACAACCGAAUGGACUGUCGAACUCUCUGUUGAACAAUGAUCAAUCGCAGCAAUCGCAUAAGACUACAGCACGUCGAAAUCGUCGUAGGACAGAUUUAUCUCAGGAGGCGUCGCCACAUCGUGGUACUGAUGACGAUGAUUUCGUUAUUUCCGCUAGCACUAACACUCAACCGAUACGUGCCUCAUCGUUUACGAGACGUGUGAGUAUUGCUGGUGGUGUUGUGAUUGGCUCAACGGGUGCUGCCACAACCCCGUCGCAAACACCAACAACAAGCACUCAUUUUGGUGGCGGUGGCACGAUUGGGGUUGGCGUUAUGUCCGUUCAAAAUGCUCAGAAUAACUUCUCAGUGGCAGUUGCUCGACAGCAACAACACAUAAUGAAACAUCAGAGUUUACGAUUUAUGUUUUACAGCCGAAGACAUCAUAGCAGCAAAUUAGUGAUAACAUCUCGAUGGUUUCGACCAUGUGUCUUGGCUGUAAAUAGAAGUAUGUGGCGAAGUUCUGUGAUCUGA